UAGGCUACUUCCGGCUGGAGACGUGGCUUAGCGACGGUUCUGCCAUAUUGAACUGCAGACAGGCUGAGUGCUGCACAGAAAUAUCUGAUUUAUUUAUCAAGACGCUUAUUUUAACAGGACGACGGCGUAGAGCAUUACAGACACGUAAACAUGGUGCUGUUGGCUGCAGCAGUGUGCACCAAGGCAGGAAAAGCUCUGGUGUCACGGCAGUUUGUGGAGAUGACACGGACGCGUGUGGAGGGCCUGCUGGCCGCCUUCCCCAAGCUGAUGAACACGGGAAAGCAGCACACAUUUGUGGAGACUGAGAGUGUGCGCUAUGUCUAUCAGCCUCUGGAGAAGCUCUAUAUGGUGCUGGUCACCACCAAGAAUAGCAACAUUCUGGAGGACCUGGAGACUCUUCGCCUUUUUUCACGUGUGAUUCCUGAAUACUGCCGUGUGCUGGAGGAAAGCGAGAUCUCGGAGCACUGCUUCGACCUCAUCUUUGCCUUUGACGAGAUUGUCGCCCUUGGUUACAGAGAGAACGUCAAUCUGGCCCAGAUCAGGACAUUCACUGAGAUGGACUCGCAUGAGGAGAAGGUGUUCCGUGCUGUUCGAGAGACCCAGGAGCGGGAGGCAAAGGCUGAAAUGAGGCGGAAAGCAAAGGAGCUGCAGCAGGCACGGAGGGACACCGAGCGCGGGAAGAAAUCUCCAGGUUUUGGUGGUUUCGGCAGCAGCAGCAGUAGCAGCAGCACAGCCAUCAUCACAGACACCCUGGUUGAACCAGAGAAACCUAAACCUGCUCCAGCAUCCACCAGGCCUAGCGGUCCCAGCAAAGCCCUGAAACUCGGGGCCAGGGGUAAAGAGGUGGACGACUUUGUGCAUAAACUGAAGUCAGAGGGUGAGAACGUUAUCCUCUCUGGCACUGGCAAAAAAGCCUCUGAGGUAUCUAAAUCUCUCCCUGCUCCUGCUAACACAGAGAGUGUGCACCUUCGGAUAGAGGAAAAGAUCACGCUGACGUGUGGGCGUGAUGGAGGACUGCAGAACAUGGAGGUACUGGGCAUGAUCAUUCUCCGGGUCUCAGACGAGAAGAACGGCCGAAUCAGACUACUCAUCAACAACGGUGAUAAGAGAGGGGUCCAGUUACAGACCCACCCCAACGUAGAUAAGAAGCUGUUCACAGCAGAGUCAAUAAUCGGCCUGAAGAACCCAGAGAAAUCCUUUCCCCUGAACAACGAUGUGGGAGUGCUGAAGUGGAGACUCCAGACCACAGACGAGUCCCUUAUACCACUAACAAUAAACUGCUGGCCCUCAGAGAGUGGAUCUAGCUGUGAUGUUAACAUUGAGUAUGAACUACAGGAGGAAUCGCUGGAACUUAAUGAUAUCGUCAUCUCAAUCCCCAUACCAUCGGGUGUGGGCGCACCUGUGAUUGGUGACCUGGAUGGAGACUAUAGGCAUGACAGCAGACGGAACGUUCUGGAGUGGUGUCUACCUGUAGUGGACGUAAAGAACAAGACCGGCAGUCUGGAGUUCAGCAUAGCUGGCCAGCCAAAUGACUUCUUUCCUAUCAAUGUAUCAUUCGUCUCUAAAGGGAGCUACUGUGACAUCCAGGUCAAUAAAGCAUCUCAGGUGGAUGGGAACAGUCCGGUGCGGUUCUCCACAGAAACGUCUUUCGUGGUCGACAAGUACGAAAUACUCUAAGGAAACAAAUCGUCAACGAUAACUCCGAGACCAGCUUGAGAGAACAUCAGGCCAGUGGACUGACUGUAAUAUAAACGCAGUACACGCUAGAGAGAGAGAGAGAAAGAUAGAGCAUGAAAAAAUGGUUCUUGUUUUUGCCUUCAGCAGUACUUCACCAGGACUUCAAUCUUUUCCCCUCACUUUCCAAAAAAAAAAACUUUUCAUCAUGGCUGGCAGUGUUCUGCUUUAUUUGUAUCUUUGUACAAAACUAAAUUGUUCUAUGAAGGGAUUUUGGUUUGAACAAGAAAGACGGUCAAACCCAUGAGUUCCAAACCACAUGGAGCUAACAGAAGAAUUUCUACAAAUCCACCAUGUCUUUUCUCGGGUGUAUAGAUUAUGGAGCUUUACUGAAGGUUUAUCUAAUUUAGCAUAAUUAGGAUAAUUUAGCCAGUAUCACAUGUUCUUCUCAAACCUGCAUACUUUUUUUGGGUCCUGGGAUUCUACUCCGUCUGAAAUCCCUGCACUGUCUUCUUUUCCUGUCUUUGACUGAAAGAGACACCAUUGUCCACACCACUACUCCUCUCCUGUACCGGCAGGACCAUGUGCUAUGAAACGGACCUCAUUUUACAUGUUUGUGUAUGUGAUAAACUCGCCUCCCCUCCUCCCUCUGUUGUUUUUUUUGGUUGCCUGCUGCACAUGUCUAAACUUGUAUCUGGUUCAUCUGCAUUAUCGCCUUGGCUUUUUUUUUUUUCCAGUGGCAUGUUGGAUGGCACUGAAACCCGUUUUGAGGACCGCUUUGAGACGAUAAAUCAGUAUGUGUGUUCCUAUGCUUCAUAAUCAACGAGGCAGUAUUGUCCUGGCUUACACAGCGAACUCCUGAAAUGGAUUUUCUUUUUCCACUGUUGUCAUUGUAGAGUGCAAUACAUACAGUUGUUGGGUUUGGAAGUCCUCUGGGGCCAAGUUUACCUAGAACUUAAAAGAAAGAGGGUCUGUAGUUUUGGUGACGGUUUCACUUACGCUGUGAUGUAACGUUAGAUUUAAAGUUUUAGCAUUAAAAUCCUCGAAGGAUCGAUAAUUACAGAACAACUACCUUAACGUUUCAAGCUUUGUUGAGUCAGUCAUGAGCAAUACAACACGUUCUCUGGUGCAGCUUAACAUGCUGUUAGCAGAGUGUAGGAGUUUUGCUCAUGUGGGAUUUAGGAGCUUGUUAAAGGAAGAGUUUGGUCACGAGGUGAAAUGACACCAAUUUCUAGCUACCCCAUGCGAGAUGAGACUAGAGUAGCUCACCGCUAAUGAAAGUCUGUCACACCAUCAGGCACUUCCGUUAUUUGUUGGCAAAGAAGCAAAAUUUUGAACACUACGUCUUUGCUGAUUUAUUACAUUUGAGGAAAAAACACAAUUGUGUACAUUUCACUCUUGGCAAAUCUUUUCCUUUUAGCACCAGGUCUUGAUCAGUAAUAACACUUGAAGUUCUCUGUAUUCAUGCCUUGACUCUCUUCAUUGCUCCAAGGGAAAAAAGACAUUCAAGUUUAUUGUUUUGUUGUCUUUGUUUUGUUAAUCAUAUUGCAGGUGGGAAGUGGGGGAAAAAUCUAUUCGUUUUUUUUGUAACUCUGUAAAAUAAUGAAUAGGGUAAUAAUGAGUAACAUUCCAGUGUAAACUUAUUAAAGAAAUUAUUAAAGUGUAUAAAAAGA